AACCGAAAAUGUUUGAUCGGCCAUGGGGGAUUAUCAUGCUGAUCCCUCGUUUAGAGUUGCAUUGUUUGUUUGUUUAUUUGUUACACUUUUGACGGAUAACAUGCCGCGUAUAUCACCUGCUGUUACCUAUGCAGUCGCCGUCGUUUUGAUACUAUGGCUUAUUCUCGGUGCUAUUACUUUACCAAACGCCACUCGAUGGUUUCAAGGUGACGGACCCAGCGUACAACAAGAUGUCGUUGUUCUACCGAUCAACGGAACUUCUAUUACCAAAGAUGCUCAAUUUGUCUAUGGCGAAUGGCAUUAUCACAGAGGCGUGUCCAGCACACUCAAUACGCCUGACGCUCCAAAAGAUGGUCUACAGGGUAUUUUGUAUGACCGAGGCUUAUCCUGUAGCGCUCAUGUUAUUGAAGCCUUGAAUCCGCCUCUACCCGAUUCCAUGGCAGCCAAUAUCUCCAAAAUUGCGCUGGUACGACGAGGUGGAUGCGACUUUACAAGGAAACUUCGGUUUGCCCAGAUGGAUGGAGCCAACGCCGUCAUUGUCUACGAUAAUGUAACUUCGGAAGACUCGGUUAAAACCUAUGAUAUAGAAGUACAACCCAAUUCCGUUUCCAUUCCAGCGUAUUUUGUGCACUUGUCCGUUGGUAGUGAGUUACUGGAGCGACUUGGAAAUAUAUCCAAGAUGGGCGAAGCAGGCAGCGACUACGGUCCCGUUCAAAAGGUCAAUGAUGGCUUUCACACGAAUCUAUUGGCUCGCGUGACCUUGUGGCCUCCACGGAAACCUCUGUUAGAUCCAUGGCAAUUUGCUUUGAUUAUUAUUGGCAUCAUCCUCGUCACAAGUUUAGCCAUUGUUGUGGUCAUGCAAUGCCAUUUAUGGCGUCUAAGUCGGCAGAAUAGCCGAGACUCGGACGAAGAAACGCAUAGCUUAGAUGAUCGAUUCUGGCGAGACCUAAUGGGCGAUUCGCGAAGUUUGAUGGCACGACCACGCCGGUCGCGACUGGAACCCAGUGCUCUUGAAAAGAUUCCGACACGAAUCUACCCUGGCAAACCGCCCGUAUGGCAUACUGAUCCACCCGCCAGUGAGGAUGACGGUCCCGAUCCAACGAAUAUGCACAAAGAUGGGACCAUUCAGAAUGCAGACAGUGCCGAACCUAGCAAGCAGGAACAGACGACCUGUGUCGUAUGCCUUGAACCUUUCAAGCAAAACGAGGUGUUGCGCUGUUUACCCUGUGGCCAUGAAUAUCACUGCGAAUGCAUAGAUACAUGGCUGAUCAAGAAAAGUGCUUCGUGUCCUUUGUGCUUACAAAUCAUUGAAGCUCAAACAGCACGACCAGAGGCGGUUCACAUCAACGACGGCGAAGUUCAGCGACGACAUGAGCAAACGGAUGUCGCUGAAGUAUGGCAUCGACUGUCAAGUCAUCCAUCAGCAACCCGAAGGCAGCACCCCAAUGCCACAGUGUUACGUAGUUUUUGGAUGCAAGGUCAGCAGCAAGAUUAAACAAAUACAUAAAUGCUUUUAAUAUUCGAUAG